AAAAGCCUUUCUCAAAGUAGUGAAUUAGAUUACCCUUUCCCUCUCUAGACACGCGGGAAGCAACAGGAAAGAAAGGAAAGAGCAAGACUUUUACUUUUUCUCUCUCUAGAAAAACGCGGAAAACAUAUUGCGUUUCACAGCAGGCAGGCGGUCAGUCGUUUCCACGUUCCUCUCCUUCCAAACGGGAUGCUUUCAUUGAAACGACUACUGGUACCAAUUACCAUCAUUUUUUCAACUAUUCCCACAUUGCAACUUUGCUUAUGACUUUGACAUUUCUUUUAGACAAAAUGAAAUUAAAAUAUUUGUCCUAAGAUCUUUUUGAAUAACCAUUUCUUCCAUUUGAUCAAUUUAUACUUGUUUUUAUUCCCUUUGACAUUGAAAACAUAAAAAAAGGCACCAACCUUUGAUUUUCACAAUCUUUUUGGGUUUUCCUUUCCUUUUACUUUGCCUAUAAAAAGGGUUGGUUUUUGUUUUCUGAAACAUAAAGGCAAAAGCUUGUUUUUCUUUGCCCUGUUUCUCUGGUCCUUUUUUUUUUCCAAGCUUCCUUUGAUUGCAGAGAUCGGUGUUGGGUGGAGAAGAAAGAAAAUAUUGGUCUUUAUUAUUGCAGAGAACAAUGAUGAACGAUGGUGAUUUAGUGGAUAGCAAGUGCGCUGUUGCCGGUGGUGUUGAGGAUAUGUACGGUGAGGAUAGUGCCACGAUGGAUCAGCCUAUCACUCCUUGGACUGUCUCUGUUGCCAGUGGGUAUUCCUUAAUGCGGGACCCACGUCACAACAAAGGGCUUGCCUUCACUGAGAAAGAGAGAGAUGUCCACUACUUGCGUGGCCUUUUGCCCCCUGUUGUUCUAAGUCAGGAGCUUCAGGAGAAGAAGCUGAUGCAUAUCCUUCGCCAAUAUAAAGUUCCUUUGCAACGAUACAUGGCCAUGAUGGAUCUUCAGGAGAGGAAUGAACGACUUUUCUACAAGCUUCUCAUUGAUAACGUGGAGGAACUGCUCCCAGUUGUGUACACUCCAACUGUUGGUGAGGCUUGCCAAAAAUAUGGCAGCAUUUUCAGGCGCCCUCAGGGUCUUUACAUCAGUUUGAAAGAGAGGGGGAAGAUUCUUGAAGUAUUGAAAAACUGGCCUGAGAGAAGUGUUCAAGUUAUUGUUGUCACUGAUGGUGAGAGAAUUUUGGGACUUGGAGAUCUUGGUUGCCAGGGAAUGGGUAUACCUGUAGGAAAACUUUCUCUGUACACAGCUUUGGGGGGAGUCCGUCCCUCUGCAUGCUUGCCCAUAACUAUUGAUGUUGGGACAAACAAUGAGAAGUUGUUAAAUGAUGAGUUUUAUAUUGGCCUCAGGCAAAGGAGGGCAACUGGACAGGAAUAUGCUGAACUUCUUCAUGAGUUCAUGUCUGCAGUUAAGCAGAAUUAUGGAGAGAAAGUUCUGGUACAGUUUGAAGAUUUUGCAAAUCACAACGCAUUUGAGUUGUUGGCAAGAUAUAGUUCUACACAUCUUGUUUUCAACGACGAUAUACAGGGUACAGCUUCUGUGGUGCUGGCUGGGCUUCUUGCAGCCCUAAGAUUACUUGGUGGAACUCUCGCUGACCAUAGGUUCUUGUUCCUGGGUGCUGGAGAGGCUGGAACUGGUAUAGCUGAGCUCAUAGCUCUCGAGAUGUCAAAGCAGACUGGAAAUCCAAUUGAAGAGAACCGCAAGAAGAUUUGGCUUGUAGACUCAAAGGGUUUGAUUGUUGAGUCCCGCAAGGAGUCACUUCAACACUUCAAGAAACCUUGGGCUCAUGAGCAUGAACCCGUUAAAGAACUUGUAAAUGCUGUCAAGGCAAUCAAGCCAACUGUCCUGAUUGGAACAUCUGGAGUCGGAAAACAAUUCACAAAGGAGGUUGUUGAGGCCAUGGCAUCCGUCAAUGAGAAACCACUUAUCAUGGCUCUAUCCAAUCCUACCUCACAAGCUGAAUGUACAGCAGAAGAAGCAUAUACAUGGAGUGAGGGUCGUGCAAUCUUUGCCAGUGGAAGCCCAUUUGACCCCUUUGAAUAUAAUGGCAAAGUCUUCCUGCCUGGCCAGGCAAACAAUGCUUACAUUUUCCCUGGAUUUGGUUUGGGUGUGAUAAUUUCUGGUGCAAUUCGUGUACAUGAUGACAUGCUUUUGGCAGCCUCCGAAGCUUUGGCUUCACAAGUGACAGAGGAACACUACAAAAAGGGAAUGAUUUACCCACCAUUCUCCAAUAUCAGAAAGAUAUCUGCCAAUAUUGCUGCUAAGGUUGCUGCCAAGGCAUAUGAACUUGGUCUGGCUUCUCACCUUCCUCAACCUAAGGAUCUCGUUAAAUACGCGGAGAGCUGCAUGUACAGCCCAAUCUACAGAACCUUCCGUUGAAAUUGAAGUAGAAUCCCAUUUUGUUAGUCUGCGAUUUGCAGGCCUCAGCCUCACUUUGUUUUGCAACUGUUUUCUAUUGGCCUUUGUUGUUCAUCUCUCCGGUUUUGUGAUCCCUCUAGUUCUUGUGAUUGAGGUUCAUGGCAUAGCUAUUAGGAUCUAUUGAUUAUUUUUCUUCGAAUAGAAAUUUGUGAGAAUACUUUUAUAUUUUAAUCCUAUAUAUUUGAAAUGAAUCACAACAUUCAGUCUU